UGCUAGAAGUGGCGGCAUCACAGGUCCUCAGCAGAGAAGGAGUAACAGGUACAAAUGCCUGCUUUUGAAGACUCGGUGUGGUGCGAUCUUGGCACUCCAGGGACACUGAAGAAGUGUUCUAAAGAAACUGAUUUAGGAACAGUCAUGCAUCAGCGUCAGAGCUUUAGAGUGCAGUGUGUAUGAAUGUGUGGAGAAAUUAAGAGCUGGAUGAGCUUAAAGAGACUAACGAUCAAAAAGUCAGAAGACUGCUUCAUGAAACAAACAAAAAUCAUCUUCUGAAGCUGCAGUCAUUGGCUCCCAUCCAGCAGCUAAAUGCCUCCAUUCUUCUCUAAGACGCCUAGACGCAGACGGCUUUCGGAGACGUGGCGUUAGCACUGAGAAGGAGGAUUUGUGGAUGGGUCAUUCUCUCUUCCCUCACUUCGUGACAAAGAAACGCCUGUCCACUGUUGGCCUGACGACUGAAGAGAAGCUGCCCAUGAAAAGGCAAAAAGUCUGGCUUCAUAAGUCCAUGGCUUACUGUUGCAGAGAGGUCACAGCCAGCCUGUCUUGAUCUUUGGCCAUUUGCGGAGAUGGACGUCUUUGGCAACAAGUUACAGCAGAAGGCUCUGCAGCAACCUAAGCAGAAGAAAUCCAAGUCGGCUGAAUUUCUGAUGGGGAGCGAGGAGAGAGCUGCUGUUGUGGGCAUAGAAAAUCCUGCGUUCAAUGGAGAAGGAAGCGCCGCGCUUUCCAAUUCUCCGAGUUGGCUGGGGAGAAAAAUGCGAGGUGACAGGCCAGAUAGCACCCUUGCAGCUCACCAAAAAAAAUUGGAGCUGCAAGCCCCUGCCAGUGAAAGAGGAAAUGAACGUGUUCGAAAUUACUUUGACCCGCCACCGCCAGAACAGACAGACCCAAGGCAAUGCGAGAUGGCUGGGGUCAGCGCCGAAGAUGAGCUGGAAUUAAAAAUACUGAAGGCAGAUGAAAACAGACUGUAUGAAAGAAUGACGGCAUUGCUGAAUGAAGAUGAAACCUUUAUAAACAUACCUGGUACGCUGCAAGCCUCGAGGGAUGAGGAGGUGUUGGAGGUGAAGGCGGGUGAUCUGGUGCUUCAGCGGCGACUGCUGCUCCACAGUGGUGGUGGUGAUGCCUCGGGCCCCAGGCCCUCCCAGGCCCAUACCAUUGCCAAACCACAGGCAGAGAGUAGUGCUUGGCUGGGAGGAGAGGCUGGACUCCAAGCAGGGAGGAUGGUAACAGGCAGGGAAAGUGCUGUAAAAACAAGAGCAGCUGAGGAAGUGAUCCCCUGCUACGCCCAGCAGCUGAGGGAGCGUGUGCGGCCUGACAUGAUCACGCUUGGCAGCCUUUCACUGCAGCAGCAACCAGAUCAGAAGGGAACCCAGGAACAGAGUGAGUGGGCAAAGAGAAAAAAAAGGCUAAUGGCUUUUUUCACUGGCAAUGUCGAGGAACCCAGUUCACAGAAGGACAGUGAUGAAGUGUUAAGACCCCAGCCCAGAAUGAACACAUUGUUUCAGUGCAAAAACCUCGACAGCCUGUUGAUCAGAGCGCUCGGCGAAGGCCGAGAAGAGGCGGCGGCCAAAGAGCUCCCACAAUCCUCCUCUUCAGCAUCACGGCCCUCGUGGCAGGGGGACCAGGGAGCCCUUCCUCAGUCUAUAGAGGUGUGUGUAUGUUGCCUGAGAGCGGCAAGAGACAAGCUUCCGCGAGGUCUCUACUCUAUCAGAGUGGCACUUCAGAGCACUUUAGGAGGUUCUUCUCUUCACCUGCGCAGUUCGAAAGAGCAAACCUGGUCGGCGUCUACUGAGCCAGUCGAGCACCGAGGCCGUUUCUACGACAAUGACCUGCAUAUUAACCAGAGCGUCUUCAUAACUAGCUUACCUGCCACCUCUGAAAUCAACCCCUCCAUGGUUUUGCUGUUCCAACUGAUCAGCCUACCUGGACACAGUAGCCAUUUUAGCUCUGUACUGGCCUGGGGAGUAUUUCCUAUAUGCAGCAUGAGCCUGAGUCUGGUCCAGGGCAGAUUCAAAACUCCACUGAUCAGGGGGGAGCCCAGCCCACAGCUGGACCAGUUUAAAAAAAUUGAAGCUAUCAUCUCCUCCGAUCUAGACCACUGGCUGUGCAACCUGUAUUUUCAGGUAAAGAGAAUUCCACUCGGAACAUCCGGAGUGACAGAGCUCUUUGUUGCACCAUCGAGAUCGCUCUCCAACCCUAAAAUCGUAUCCAAACCCGAGGAUCACCAUGACCCGACCCUUACGCAGCGACCCACAGCCCAGUCUCAGAUUUGCCCGCAUCCCCUUCUUCUCCAGUCCCAGCAGCAUCUGCACGUCGGCCCCGGCUGCAGAGCGGGAGAGUCCGCGGUCGUGCUCUCUCAACACGGUUCACCUCUCCACCUGUCAGCUGAUUCCGCUUGCUCUUCUUCAUCUCUGCCAGGGAAGAACGACUCCCCAGAAGUCUUUUCGGGAAGUGCAGUAGAGAAGACCAAUCCGUGCCGGGAGAAAGCAGAAGUUGGCUUCCAGUACAAGAAGAAGCCAAUCAAGAAGACAAAUAGCUGCGGCCCCAGCAUGAGCGGCAGAAGCGCGCCGCCUCUCCAGGCAGACAAACAGAAGAUGCAACCAACAGAGGAGAACCUCUCCAUGGAGGAGAUGGAAGGAUAUACUUUCUUUUUACAAACAUCACCAACUACACCGAGGUCACGUCCCCCACGACUGUCGGAUCGAGCCCGACUCGCCCUGCGCAUGCUGCCGUCCGAGCUCGGCCUGCCAUUGUCGUGGCAACAGCAACAACCGCACAGACGCUGGCAUGACUCCGUUCAGCAGCUCGGCCUCAUUAUUCUGCUGCUGGCUUUGAUGUGGUUUGUGAGGCUUUACCUGCAUUACUGCAGCCAGUGGCUCUACCUUCAGGCCAUUGCUGUUCCUGUCAACAAAUUUCACUUCCAUGCACACACAGUGGAUCUCAUCUACCAGAGCUCUUUGCUCCACACCCGAGAGGAGCUGGCAAUGGUGGUGGUGGGUCCCCUGACCUUGAACGCUGUAACGUUCCUGCUGGUUCUGAUCAGAUGGGGCUGUCAGCUGAUAUUUGGCUCACUCCCUUCCUUCACGUCAAAUUUUAUCAUGGCUCAGGGAGUGUGGACAGUCCUCGACCCCCUGGCAGUCUUUGCUGUGGACGCCGUCCUCGGGCAUUUGGCCUACAGUCCGGACACACCAGUAGGAGAUGCAGCCAAGCUUUACUGGCACUUCUAUAGAGCCGACGGAUCCGGUGCAGCAGGAGUGAUCAUCACUCUGUUCCUCUACGCGGUCCACGUCCUUCUCUCCAUCACUAUUCUCACUAUUUACCUGCUCAGAUUCCACAACGAUGGUCGCAUGUUGGAUGUCUACCAGCGACUCACCGCCAAAGAGGGCGUGUAUUUCCUGCCUGAAGACCUCGAGUUGUCAAAUCAGGAACUCAGCUACAUUGUCAAAAAGGCAGAGCAGUGGAGAGGCUUCAAUGGAGAGAGACGUAAGGUGGCGGUUUAUGACUCUAUCUGGACAGCAGAGGACUUUCUCUCCAGCCCCUCUGCCCCCGGUGAUGAGCCUCACACUGAGGAUGGUUUGCCACCAGAGAGCGAGACCAGCACUCAUGUCGUAAUCCAAACUCUGUACCUGAGUGGGCUAAAACAGAGAUACAGACACUUCCUCCGACAACCUGAUGGGACUAUCAUUGAGGUGAUUGGUGAACUACAUGGAUUGGACAAUGCAACCAAGGAGGUGCCUUCUUGCCUGCAUCAGAGCUCAUCCCGUCAAAGAGAGGACAAGGCGGGUGCCAGCAUCUCCCUCCAGCUACGGAAACGCAAAAAACUGUUUGGCCGGUCCAAUCGUGUGGAGCCGAUCGCAGGCAGUGGAUGUGGCUCGAGUUUUGCAAGACUGCCAGACCUCCCUCAGUAACAACGAAGACCACGUGAAGAUUUGAUUGUGUUCUUACACAUUAGUCAAUAAUAUUUUUGACACAGAAAUUUCAGUGUUUCUAGAUAGCAACAGCUGUUUAUUACAAAAACAUUUAUUUAUGCUAAGUAUAAUGCUAGGCUAAUGUUAGCAUGUUUACUCAGUUUUUUUUUUACGUGAUUUGCUGAUUGCUUGGGUUGUAGUCGUUUGGAUGCAAAUUUUGUGGUAACAAAGAAAAAUGACUCAACUUCAUCAACGUUUUACUUUCCUUUGAACUUUGUGACAUUUAAUGACAAGUGUUUGACCACUUUACAUGACAGCGACACAAAGGUGGUAAUACAAAUAUUAAGGAAUUCUUAAAGAUUGUUUGGGAAAAUCAAUACCUUUUGUAUCAACAAAGUUUUGUUCAAUAAUAGUCAUGAGAAACAGGCUGUGCAAAUUGUGACUGCAUUCUGCUGACGAAAUUAAAAGAGUCGGUACGGGUAGAUGCGUUCAGGCAGGGAUUCCAGUAGAGAUCCUAGAUCCAAUUUUGGAUCAAAUGUAGAAAUCUCCACUGACACAAAACAUGGACACAAAAUGUACUUUUUUGAGUACAUUUUGUGGUGCUGUGGGUUGCAACAUUUUGUCUCUGAGAUUCUAUGCAGGCAAACCCUACUGACAAGUCAUCUGUGACCUAACAACGUCAAUAAACACUCGGACAACUCUCUUAACAGUUGCAUGCUGUCAGGUAUCGCACACUGCCUCAGCUGAAUGAAAUAUGAAGAUUCCUAAAGUCACUAAUCAGAAGACAAGUGAUAAAAUAUCAAUUUUGGCCUCACAUUAAACAGGAUAAUUUUCAGGCCAGCUUGAUUUGUAUUGAAUAUGUGUCUGCUGGCCGGUGCUUAGUGUAAUGAACUGGCUCACAAAUCAGGCUGUAAUGGCCGCCUACUUACACAUAUUGCUUAAUUAACGGUUGUGAGCUUAUUAGCAUGUGUCUCUGGCGCAGGGUGCAGGAUGAUGGGGAGCACGACUGAUGUCGUUCAGAGCUUUUUAUGGAUGGCUAACCUAUCAUACUAAAGCCAUCGCCCCUCUAAAAUCUGAUCUUAAUAACCUGUCAUUUUCAUUGAUGAUGAUUUCCCCUUUAUGGCUGGCCAUUACGGAUCAAGUCCGGGGUCUCGUCGAAUGGUCAUAGCGGCCAUUUGUGCUCAUCAUUAUCAAGAAUAUGCCUUACUUUGGCCUUGAAGUUGCUGCUCACCUCCAUGUUUAAACCAUCAUAGCUGUGGCCCUGGGGUGCCAGGGACACUGCAUAUGGACACACACAGCACAGCACACUCGCAUAUAUUGAAUAUCCAUUCAGCUCCAAAAGGCAGUUGGGCCUUCACAGUCUUAAAAUAGAGAAAACGAAACCAAAGAAAUGCGUUAAAUUGAAGUACAUUCUUUUCUUCUUUUUUUUCUUUUAUAUAACAACUGGAUUUAAGUCUGGAAUUUGAGUAGGUUCUAACACAUGGCCAUGCUAUGAUGUGAAACAUCCAAAAAUAGCUCUGGUUGUACGUUUUGGGUCACUGCCCUGCUUGAAGGUGAACCUCUGCCCAGCCUAAGUUCCAGGAUGAAGACUGGGCUUUAAUUUGCAUCCCAGGUUGAACAAAAGCAUCCCAACAUCUCAAUGCUGCCAAAGCCAUGUGUCACCGUGGAGAUGGUGGAUUGAGAUUGACACGGAUUGUCAUUUUUUAGCCACAUAUAAUCUUGUAUUCCUGUUUCAUGUAAAAACAGAACAGAAUAUUUUAAAAUUGUAACAUGGAAAAUAUAGAGUAAAAUUGAAUGAAUGCUUGCACAAGGCACGUUACAGAAUAAAGGAAAUGCUUUGUACUGGCUACAAAGUGUCUCAGUAUUUAGAAAAUCGCUAUACAAUUGAAAUAUAUUAUGAUUACACCUCUAAGAUGCUUGUGAAAUCAUUAAGCUUAGCUGAUUCUAGAGAUCAUUUGGCACUACAUACUGUAUAUAUUUUUUUUCAUCUUGCCCUCUUGUUUGUGUGACACUAGCCAGAGCCAGUUAGGCUAGUUAGGAAUGACUCUAUUAACAGUGACAGCGCUACACCCCCCAAUUCAAUCAAUCCUCUAAUGAACAUUAAGCAGAAAUUCUCCCUUUCAGAGAUGAAGCUUUGCCUUUCUCUAAAUACUCUACCUUUGUCAUCUUACCAAUUUACUCAAACUAGUGGGUUAUUUUUACUUGCACUAUUCCUCUAUUUAAAAGGGCAACAUGAUCAUGUUUUUUUUCUUUUUAAUUAUUCAACACAAGAAAAAUAUUUGAUUGUUGUGUUCAUUUCUUUCAUGUAUGUCUUUGAUGUUAUUUCCCCUCUGCCGUCUUUCUCAUUUUAUAUUUUGCUAGAGAAUCGCCAUCUUUCUUUACUCAAAACCAUCAAAACAAUGCCCCAUGCAAUUUGUUCAAAACUGAGGGAAGCGCAGGUACAGAGGGGGAAGGAGGGGAGCCAAAGGUAAUUCACAGGUUCAAAUAUUUGAUUGUUAAUGACAAACACCACUUCGGUGCAAUUUAAAUUUCAAAUUGAUCCCUGGGAGAAAUUAUUUCUGAGGGAGAAAAACAUGCCGCUAGGUCUGCGCGCCACACAUAUGCUGAUUUAAGUUAAAAGAAAACCUUUUUACAGAGCUAUCAUAUGGGAGCUGCAACUUUUUGAAGUAGGUGCCCACAUAUGCUCGAAGCCAGCCCGAACCUGGGGAUCUUUCUGGAGAGUGAGGAAAGAAGGGGUGGGGGUAAAAUAAAACAUAAGAAGAAGAAAAAAUAACACUUUGACUAAUUCUAUAUUUAUGUAGCCCUCAGCUCGAGGUGUUCACAUAAAACAGUUUGUAUUCAGAAGUGCUACGGUGAUCGUUACGCUUCUCGUUGAGAUCGGCGACUCUCCGGGCAAGGUUGGCGGCUCCGGCUCAGACUGAUUCAGUUGAAUUAAAGUUGCCCAACUAAAUAGAUGGGAUUUCAACUCAUACUUUUCAUCCUGUGUGUGUGUUUUUUUUAUUAUUAUUAAUAAUUUCAAACCUUCUAUGAUUGUUUUCAGGGCAAACACUUCUGUUCUGUAUUUCUUUUGAUUGGGAAUACUACUGCACUUUUUGCUAACAUGUCAGUCUUUUUUUAUUUGAAGCUGAAAUAUAACUAUGCGUUUUGGCAACUUUUUGAUCAAUGAAAGUCCCUCAAGGAAUUGGCUCAUGCAUAAAAGAACUUAAAAAAAAACCAUGGUUGUAUGUAAAAUAUGUCAACAUAAAUUUUUUAUAUAGUUUAAAAAUUAAUAUUUUUUAGCUGUAGCCUACUUAUUGCAAGUUGGGCCAAAUUAAUUUACUGAAAAAGGUCAACACUCCUUUCUUUGCACCAGAAUACAAGUAUCAUAGCGGCAUACCAUUCAAUAAAAAUCAAAGCAAAUUUAAAUUCUCCAUUGAGUUUAUCUGUCAAACCUGUAUUCCUCUCCACUGACCCUGAACUUGAUUUCCUGGUGCUUAAGUCGAAGAAGACGCGUGCGGCUGCAGCGAGCGACGACGUCGACGCCGUGCCAUAUUUUUGUGGCAUCUGGAUAGAGACGCUACAUUUACACACAUAUUUAUUUAUUUUUCCUCUACCAGAGCUUGGUCAGGGGAGGCAGAUGUCCUGCUCACAGAAAAAAAUAAUAAUAAUAAUAAUUUGCAGUGAAAAGGGGCGAUGGGGGUGAAGGGAAAAAAAAUAUGAAUAUGCAAAUCUUGUCACAGUGUGGAACCUUGUAAUGAGUGGGAAAUGUUUUCGCCAUCUUUCAUUAUGCAGAGGUCAUUGCUUAAUGCCAGGCAGCUGGGCCAAGCUUCGUCUCUCUGAGCCCCCCUUUACCCCCCACCCACCCAUCCACCCUUACCCACAAAUUCUCCUGUUGUCUUAAAAAAAAUACUUGAACCAAAUAUUCUUAGCAACAACUCUGCAUGUUGCUCUUCUUGGAAGAAAAGCUCAUAGUUACAACUGAUUUUUGAGAAGACUUCAUGAAUAAAAAGGUUGCGCUAUUGAAACAUACUUACCAGUUAAAUAAAAUAUCUAUAAAUGGGUAUUUUAGUCGUACAGCCAAAGUUAAAGUAUGACACUUCACACGCCGUUUACCUUUUUAUAGCGACUACUCCUUUGUAUGGUAUACUGCACACUAGAAACUAUUCCAGGGAACAUCUAUCUCAGCAGAGAUAGAGAUUUUAUGGGUCAAUCCAACAAACAUUUGAAAAUAUAACCAGCAGAAUGGAUGACUUGAACCUCCAUUUGAUCUUUAGGGUUUUCAAAAAAGCUUUUCUGAGUAACUUUGAGAUUGACCUAGGUUGCUUAUUUAGCAGGUUACUUGUAUCAGUGGCAUUGCUAAUAGCUUCAGCUGAAACAACACAAUGGUGCAUGGUGGAGGCAGCAUCAUGCUAUGAUCCCGCUCCACCAUCGGCAUGGAUAUAAGCAAAUACUGUUUGAUGUAGCUGCCCAAAAAACUCAACACUAGUAUCAGAUAGGACAUAAAAUAUGAUGAGACCCAACUAACCUUAUCAUAAAAAUCCAUUUAUGCUAAAGAUGGGCCUGCAGACUCUUUACAUUAAAUGGUGCAAAGUGAAAAGGAUUUUUUUUAUGAAGGAUCUGUUUUGUAGCAUCUUUUAAAAUGGGUUAGUUUCUAACAUAACGUCAUUCUUUUGGAACCACUUUAUAAAGACAAAUGAUUUUUAUUAAUUUGGAAAUCUGUGUACAACUUCAUAAAGCGUCCAACAAAGAAGCUGUUUCUUCUCCACUUGUGCUGAAUGCUUAAUUCAAAUCAACAAUGGAAAAUCUGGUUCUGAGAAAAUACGAACGUUUCCAUCAAAUUGAUCAAGUGGGAAUCACGAGUAGCUCCUCUGAGGUGAAAGCUGAAAGAGAAAACAGCUAGUUAUAAUUCUUUGCUUACUUUUUGAUCUCAUUUUCUCUUGCGUGUUGCAGAUUGCUAAGACAGCCCUCUGUUCUGCUGCCUCCUCUCAUAAAAAACGUUCCUUAUAUUUUCUCUGGCAUCUGCCUGACUUUGAGCUAUAGUUCUGAUCAUUAGGUAAACCCAUCUUCCUCUCCUCUCAUGCAGUCUUCAAAUAAUCCUGGGUCUGAAUGCUAAAAAUGUAAUGAACUUCACGGUUCAUUGUGUCUGACAUUGCUUAAUUAAUGGGUGCAUUUAAAGUACGUAGGGCCUCUGCAAUUGAUUUAUAUGCAUGAUUUGCACAUACAGCUGUUGUUUCCUGUAGGAGACUCAUCACUCAAGAAAUGUUUGGGCUGAUAAUAGAUUUCAUAGGUGAGAUCAAGUCGUCCUGUCAGUCCUUCCAUGUAAAAGCAGAUUGUUCAGUAAAUGUUCAUACAUGAACAUUUACUGAACAAUCUGCUUUUAGAUUAUGAACAACUAGUAAUGAAAUCUGAAUUUUGUUCAAACAAUCUGUUUGAAUUAUUGCUUAACCAUUGCUUCAAUGGGAAUAUUUUGUCUCAUUUUACAUUAAUGGAUAAAUUAGACUUUUGUCUCUCCUCAUAUAAGGGACAAAAAUGGACACCAGCACAAGCAAUAAGUUGCCUGGGUGAUUUUUGUGGAAGUGAAAACUCAGAAAAUCACAUGUUUUAUUUAUAAAAGUAAAAUAUAUAUAUAAAUAUUAAAAAGCACAUUUUAUGUUGUCCAUCCAUACAUUUUCUCAGCUGUACUGCAGUUUGUUUUUUUAAAUAAAAUGAUACAAAAUGGU